GCACCGGGCCGGAGCGGAACCGAGUGAUCUUGAGUUCUUCCUAACUUGCUAGUGCUCAGCCUCCUCAUGCCUCCAUCUCCUUUAGACGACAGGGUAGUAGUGGCACUUUCGAGGCCAGUGAGACCUCAGGAUCUCAACCUGUGUUUAGACUCUAGCUUCCUUGAAUCUGCCUCUUCUGCUGGUGAGAGCCACUCCAGUCUGCUCGGCGCAGCCGUCGUGUCCCUAAAGACUGCUAAUCUCACGUAUAUGCCCUCAUCCAACGGCUCUGCACGCUCCCUGAGUUGUGGAUGCAGCAGUGCCAGUUGCUGCACUGUGGCAACGUACGACAAGGACACUCAGGCCCAAACUCAAGCGAGCACCAGCAGCGCCCACGCCGGAGCCUCCCCCGCCUGCCCCGCCAACCAAAUGGUCAACAGCAAUGAGAACRCCGGCAACCUGAGCCCGCUGGGCGGAGUGGGGAGCCCCGUCUCGGGCAGCGCCAAGCAACUCGCCAGCAUCAAAAUCAUCUACCCCAAUGAUCUGGCCAAGAAGAUGACCAAAUGCAGCAAGAGCCACCAACAAAACCAAGGGCCUGUCAUCAUUGACUGCAGGCCCUUCAUGGAGUAUAAUAAGAGCCACAUUCAAGGGGCUGUCCACAUUAACUGUUCUGACAAGAUCAGCCGGAGAAGGCUCCAGCAGGGCAAGAUCACUGUCUUGGACUUGAUCUCCUGCCGGGAAGGCAAGGACUCCUUCAAGAGAAUCUUUUCCAAAGAAAUCGUAGUUUAUGAUGAGAAUACCAAUGAGCCAAGCAGAGUAAUGCCUUCCCAGCCGCUCCACAUAGUGCUGGAGUCACUCAAGCGAGAAGGCAAGGAGCCUCUAGUCCUAAAAGGAGGGCUCAGCGGUUUCAAGCAGAACCACGAAAACCUCUGCGACAACUCCCUCCAGCUACAAGAGUGCCCCGAGGGGGGAGGAGGGGGCGGCGCCUCCGCUGUGCCCCCCGUGCUACCUCAGUCCAUCCCCACCACGCCAGACAUCGAGAACGCUGAGCUCACCCCCAUCCUGCCCUUCCUCUUUCUCGGAAACGAGCACGAUGCUCAGGACUUGGAGAAAAUGCAGAGGAUGAACAUUGGCUACGUCAUCAACGUGACCACCCACCUGCCCCUGUACCAUUAUGAGAAAGGCAUGUUCAACUACAAGCGGCUCCCAGCCACUGACAGCAACAAGCAGAAUCUCAGGCAGUAUUUUGAAGAGGCUUUUGAGUUCAUUGAGGAAGCUCAUCAGUGUGGAAAAGGUCUCCUCAUCCACUGCCAGGCCGGUGUCUCCCGAUCUGCCACCAUMGUUAUCGCGUACUUAAUGAAGCACACACGCAUGACCAUGACGGAUGCCUACAAAUUUGUCAAAGGCAAACGACCAAUCAUUUCCCCCAACCUGAACUUUAUGGGGCAAUUACUGGAGUUCGAGGAAGACCUGAACAACGGCGUCACCCCACGAAUCCUCACACCAAAGCUGAUCGGCGUYGAGACUGUCGUGUGACAGCCAGGCUGCGAAGGGGCUUAGGCUGUUCCUCACCUGGUUUGGGGCAGCGAUGGGUGGGUUGUGGGGUUUUCUUUUUAGCUUUCAAAGGGGAGUUUUGUGGCAAACCUUUUGUGAAUAAAAACCUUUUUUUGUAAGGAAAGGUUUUUAAAAGAUCCAAGAACUUUGCUGGGUUUGGGAUGCUGUUGCGGUUUCCUUCUCAGACGCCAGCAGAGCAGGGAGGCUUCAGAGGAAAAGGAGUACUUUUUAAAAUAAAAACAAGAAGAAGAAGAAGAAGAAAUAUUGGGCUUUUUUUCUUUCAAUUUUUAUUUUUCCCUCCUCUCCGGCUACUUGUAGAGAUUAUGGCUAAGUAGUCUGUGCAGGUUCAUAGACUGAAGAAACCUAAGUUGAAGACAAAACACAAACAGCCAAAACAAAGCAGAAAAAAACUCCCUCCCUGAAACAGAAGGGCCUUCGUUCUGCAAAGGCUUUGCUAGAGAUAACCUAGCAAAAUGCUCACUGAUGCAAAGGAAAUCAGAGCAGCUUAAAAGUCUGCAAGGCACUUUUCACACUCCUGACUCAAACUAAAGAAGAAAAAAAAGUUUAUUUGGCGUGUUUCAUGUUCCAGUUCUAUUUUUCUAUUUUGGGAUGUAAGGUUUUAACAGUAAGGGACUUCGAUCAUUCUAUGCCAUAUGCCUUCACUGGCUUCUUGUGCAAUAAUAAUUUGGGGUUUGUUUUGAGUGUUCAAACCAAUUAAGAGUUGGCUGCCCACUAAUAAUARGAUAAUAAUUUUUAAAGUCUAAUAGUGCAACAGCAGCCAGCUUGGUUCAGAAAGGCUAAAUGAGAGCAAUUAUUUUGUUCCUUUAUAUGAUUUUGAUCCUGGUUACAGUGCCAUAAACCUUGUUACAUAUGUAUAUCAGAAUGUACAAAAAUGUAGAAUGAGSAAAGUUUAUUUAAAAAUAUUUUUCGCACAAAAUAUUGGUGUGUUUCAGUUGUCUAUGUAAAAGAAAUUUGAUUAUAAAACAAAAAGCUUUUGGAAACUGUGUGUCCUUUUAUUUCUUUAGCCAUUUUCCAUUUUCUUUCUAUGGGAUGGGGUUUUUGUUUUGUUCCUUUGGUUUGUUUUUUUGUGGCAUUGUACCUCUCCCACUGACAAAAUUGAUAUCUCGUUUGGCAUCUCCCCUUCAGUGUUACGUUCCUGUCCUCUGCUGGUGGAAGAUGUCUUCUUUAUUUUCUGCUGUACUCUUGCAUUUCUCAGUUUCUGUAACCAGAUUUUCUCUCGUGUUUGACUGAAUUAGCACUGUUGGUGAAGGCUCUUUGGAACAGACCUGUUACUUCUACAGCUCAGUAGCCAUUUGGAAAAAUAAGAAAUAAACAAUCUCCACUGAUUCCUUUCCAUAUUCCUGUAAUGAACUUAUCUUCUAUGUUACAAAAUUGUCCGUUUUCUAGAAAUACAUUGGUCAUGUGUGCUUUUUCUUGGCCUCUCUAUAGCCCCCUUGUUUAGCAGUUCCACAAUUCCUGGGAAUCCUCCUCCUGGGAUUUUCCCCUCCCUCUUGCCCCUCUUCCCUUCAUGCCCCUCUUUUUCCAGCUGUAUCAGUGUUGUGUGGUGUGUAUUGUAGGGCUGAUGUUUCUGCCUGACAGUGUCCCUUGGGCAGCUGACUUUUGCUUUCCUUGUUUGUAUUCACUUUUUUUUUUUAAUGAUAUGGUAUAACCUAAUCUGUUCUGGACUGUUACCACCUCUAAAGUUUAUUUGUGUGAGCCUAAAAUGAGUUAGAAAACAUUUCUUGUAUGAUUCUGUUGUGCAAACUGAUCUGUCCCAGGAAGUCUGGUAGCAGUGAAGGCUUUUCCUAGAUGAAAACCUCCAURGACUGAACCAAGUGUAAAACAGGACCUGUUGGAAAACUUAAUGUAUAAUCACAUUAGACAUGUAUAUUUUUGUGGACAUUUUACUUAAAAUGUUGUUACUAUACAGAUAUUUUCUUGGAACUUAUCCCUUUAUUAAAUUAUUUUUC